AUGUCGAGCAUUCCUCGUUCCAAGUGGUACAAGAUCCAGUGGUAUUCUGACGAUGACACCCCAGAAGAACGCAAAUUUAUCUGGAAGCUGGAUCUUCUGGUUGUACCCUAUGCGGUUCUUGCGUACUGGGUCAAAUACAUCGACCAGUCCAACCUCAAUAAUGCCUACGUUGCAGGCAUGAAAGAAGACUUGGGCUUCCAUGGGAACGAAUUAGUGAGGCUUCAAACGAUGUACAUCGUCGGCGCUGUACUUGGCCAGCUUCCAUUCUUGUUUCUAUUCACAUACCUUCCUAUGUAUUGGAUCAUUCCAUUCAUGGAUGUUAUGUGGGGUGUUUUCACCCUCCUCCAAUUUCGUGCCCAGUCCUUUGGAGAGAUGGCUGCCUAUCGAUUCUUCGUCGGUUGGUUCGAAGCUGCAUUCUUCCCUGCCAUGCACUAUGUUUUCGGAUCAUGGUAUAGAGGCCAUGAAAUUGGCCGUCGUGGAGGAAUCUUUUAUGUCGGUUUAUCACUCGGCACGCUCACUGCUGGUCUCAUCCAAGCCGGUGCAUCUCAACGACUGGACGGCGUCCAUGGCCUGGAAGGAUGGCGCUGGAUGUACAUCAUCUGUGCCAUUAUUACAAUUCCAAUUGGCAUCCUGGGAUACUUCACUAUACCAGGAACAUACGAACAACCAAACCGAAGAGUUUUGAGCGAAAAAGAUCUAGAAAUAUCCAAACGUCGACUCGAGCGCGCAGGUCAUGUAAUGCAUGGCAAGUUCGAGCUGAAAACGAUAAAGAAGAUCGCUUUCAACCCCCAAUUCUGGACAAUUGUGGCAGUGGACAUUCUAUUCUGGAAUGCAGGGACACACUCUAGCACAGGCAGCUUCUUGCUCUGGAUCAAGAGUCUCGGCCGGUACUCGCAGGCAAAGGUCAACGAACUCGGAACCAUUGCCCCCGCUCUGGGCAUCUUCUACACCCUUUUUGUCUGCUUUCUCUCCGAUUUGGUCACAGGGCCAGCAUGGGCUAUUACCGUCGCCCAUUCCUGGAAUAUUCUUGGUCUUAUCAUCAAGACGGUAUGGAAUGUGCCGGAGUCGGCUCUGUGGUUUGCAUUCUCCACGUCUUACGCAUCUCCGGCAAUGUCCAGUGUCCUUCAUGGCUGGGUGAAUAGCCUGCUCAAGUAUUCACCUGCCGAGCGUGCAUUCACUCUGGUCAUAAUUAACGCAAUUUCACAAUCUACAACAGCUUGGACUCCCCUCUUGACGUUUCCGACGGUAGAAGCGCCGCGUUAUCCGAAGGGAUAUCCAUUCUGCCUGACGAGUGCAGCACUACUCAUUAUAUCCUGCCAUGUCCUCAAUUAUCACUUGAAGCGAAAAGCGUAA